AUGGCGCUUUCCUGGGUGCUCCCAACAACACUUCUCUUUGCUCUGGCUCUUGCAAACAUUCAGCUCUCCACAUGCCAAGUUGUGAAGGCCAAGGUCACUUGCCUUGACUGCCAUCAAAAUACUGAUUUCUCAGAAAAAGAUGGUUCAUUUGAGACUAAGCUCCCAUUAGGCAACUCAAAAUCUCCUAUGAACUGCCUUGCCAGGAUUCUUGGAGGGCCAGACCAGCUCUAUGCUUCAAGGAAAGUCAUGGCUUCUGAGAUUGUCAAGACCCAAGAGCCUAACUCCUACACCAUUUCAACUCCUCUUGGUUUCACCACAUCAUGCCCUUUGAACAUAAAAGAGGCAGCUUGCAAAGCCAUGAACAAGUUUGGCUCAUCGAAGACCGUUAAUCUGCCUGUGCCUCCAGAGUGGGGCUUGGCACCCUCAAGCUAUUAUGUUCCCUUCAUCCCUAUCAUUGGCAUACCUUAA